AUGGCGCCUACGGCAGUGCCUUUGACGCCAGGCUUUGCGAGUUUUCAAAGAGUUUUAUCUACGGAGCCGGUUGACUCCUCUGCAGCAUACUUAAUGUCACUAUUGAAGCGACGACAGAUCAAAGGAUCGAAACGAUGCGCGGUUGCAACGACUCUUCUCCUUCUCCGAACUGUCGAGCUAACCAAACAAGCCGACUCGGCCAGACUGAUUCAAAGGGUGUCUGAAGUGGGCCAAAAACUCAUAGGCGCAGCACCUCAUGAACCAGCCGUUGGAAACAUCGUACGCAGAGUCCUUGGCAUAAUACGUGAAGAGGACGAGGAAGACGUGGCUGGUACAAGAGGAGGAGAUGAAGGUAGUAUUGCCAAUGGUGCUGGUUCCGAGGCUGCUACACCGGUGGAAGCAUCACAUUCAAGACCCAUUCCGAACGGGCUUUUUCAAAAGCCUGAUGCCAGCGCCAGUCCCUCGCCGUCGCGACAUGGCACUCUGCCUCCGCUGAUGAGCUCUCAUACUGGUGCACCGGGUGGUGCUCGACCAGUUACGUCCAUGUUCAGCAUCAUAUCACAUCCGACGAUGAGACUAUCAGGGCUUGACUCACCGGUCCAUCACAGCAGCGCUGCCACACCUCGGAUGGGUGCAUCUGGAACUCUCCCAAACUUUCGUCCGGAGGUGAUCAAAGGGAUCAAAGAAAUAAUUGACGAAAUCAACGCUUCAGACGACGAAAUCUCCGCCGCAGCCCUCGAACAAAUCCAUCCACAAGAAACAAUAUUCACAUAUUCCUCCUCCCUUACCGUCCAGCGAUUCCUACUCAAAGCCGCCUCGAAAAGAAAGUUCACCGUCGUCCACGCCGAGGCAUAUCCUAACAACCACUUGAAAACUCACGCUCUUCUAACCGGGAACCAAGACCCAACCGAGGACGAAGACAGCUUGCCGAACGACUCGUUCUCCAAAUCCCUGACCUCCGCGGGCAUCACGGUCGUGAUGAUCCCGGACUCUGCCAUCUUUGCCGUCAUGUCACGCGCUAGUAAAGUUAUCCUAGAUGCUCACGCUGUGCUGACGAACGGAUCACUAGUGGCCGCCGCAGGAACCAAGGCCGUGAUCAAAGCAGCAGGAUACCAUCGCGUCCCGGUCGUCGUAUUGGCCGCGACGUACAAACUCUCUCCAGCAUACCCAUAUGAUCCAUACUCGAUGAUCGAAUAUGGCGAUGCCGGCAAAGUCGUCCCUUUUCAGGACGGCGAAUUGCACUCCGGACUAGAUUCCGGCGUCAGGAACCCGCUGUAUGAUUUCGUCGAGGCUGGAGAUGUGGACCUUUUCGUCACGAAUCAGGUUCCUGCCGUUGUCAGUGCAGGCUAUCUCUACAGGGUAGUCAAGGAUCAGUAUCGUGACGAGGAUUUGCACCUCUGA